AUGAUUAAUACAAGUGCGAAACCAGACGGUGCAUUAUGUCGAAAUGCUUGUGGAUUUUACGGUAACAAAAUAUGGGAUGGUUUUUGUAGUAAAUGUUAUCGUGAAGUUUAUCAACAAGCUAAACAAGUACAAGAAGAUUUUGAUACAAAACAUGGAAUUUCAUCACCAUCAUUAGUCAAUGAUUCUGCUCUUCCGUUAUCAACAGUUCAAUCGUCACCAUCAUUCUCGACUUUUCAAGAAAAACGUCGAUCAAAUAUUAGCAUGAGAAAUCCAGUGAGACAAAUGUUACUCAAUCGUUCAGGAAGUCUGAAAUCUCAAAGUGCUGCCUUAUUCAACGAUGAAACAUCGGAACAAGAUGCAGCUUAUAAAUACUUGGAUGUAAUGACGACGGAUGAUGCUAGAUUAGAUAUUAAACGUUCUGUUAAAGCAUUUUCGAGUAAUUUUCAUAAAAAGUGUUUAAAUAAAAAUAUCAAUAUUGACGAAUUAUGUCAAAACUAUAGCCAAUAUAAAGAAAUUUUGAAGAAAAGAAUACAAACAAAUUCAAUUUAUAGAGAUGAAAAUGAAGAUUUAUUAGUACGAGUUCGAGAUUAUGUGGAAAAGAUUAUUUUUACAAAGAAUUAUCCUUUCAUCUUUAAUCGUCUAUCGAUUGACUGUGAAGAACAAGAUUUAUCUAUUCAAAAUCGAAUUUCAAGUUUACAUUGGAUUAAUGCACAAAUGCUUGAAACAGUUGUCAAUGAAAAUAUACCAAUAGUUAAAGAGUCAGUUUAUAAAGCUAUUAAUGCAUUAAUUGAACUAGACUCAAAAAUAAUUCCUCAAGAUAAAAUUCAGUCUAUAAUGGAAUGUAAAGACUACAUAUUUGAUGCUAUUAGACAUUCAAUAUCUUAUUCUGCAAAUAAUGGUCAAGUUCCGAUAAUAAAUGCCGAUAAUUUUCUUCCAGCACUAAUUUAUGUUGUUCUAAAAGCAAAACCACCACGUUUACAUUCGAAUAUUAAAUUUUUAAGCAAUUUUUCACAGCCAAGUGGAGAACAAGCCUACUAUUUAGCAAAUCUUGACUCAGCUGUUCGAUUUAUUGAAUUAGUAAAAGGUCAACAUGUUGGACUAUCUGAAGAAGAUUUUCUUCAUUAUAUGCGUGGUGAACCAGUCUAUUCGAAUGUGCCAUUAUUCGAUCUGGAUGGUGAAAGUGAUAUUGAAAAAAAAUUAUUAAAUGAACAUUUACAUUUAUACUAUGAUAUUGAUUAUCAUAGUGAAAAAUUUGAACAAAAUCUAAAUGAUUUUCGAGCAAAGUUAACAUUAUCCUCAUCAGAUAUGAACGAUUUACUUCAUGAUUCUUAUCAACGUUAUGCUGAAUUUGAUAAAAAACGAUUAUAUAUAGAUAAAUCUCCGUCACUUGUCGAUAUUGAUACAGUAACAAGUGAUAUCGAUGAAACGAGUAGUCAAAGUAUAUAUCAUCUAUCAUCACAAGAAAAUAGUAAUAAUGAUUUACUUGAUCAAACGUUAACUGUCGAUAAUAGUCAACUUCCAGAACCACUAGAACCAGAAAUUCUAACGAAUAUUUCUCAGUCACAAAAAGACAUUGAACAGCAACCACAACAAACGAUCUCAAAUCAACAGACAAUGGAAACAUAA